CCUGAACAGCUCCAUCAGUUGUGCUGUGUCUGUGUUAUAAGGUGGUGAUACUGUGAGGACAUGCUUUGAAUAUCAAUGACUUUCAGCAGUCUCUGACAUACAUGCAUGCUGGCGCACUCUCUCUGUCUCUCUCUCCACCCCCCUCUGUCUCACAUCAGAUCUGUUGAGGGCUGGUAAUUAAGCCAUUCAUUAACCCAGCUGUUAUAUUUUAUUAUAUAUAUCUUUUAAGAUUGGAGGGCAGUCUGUUGGUUUAGUCUGUGUGCCAAUGAACAUAAAGCUGGAGAGGAGCUGCUGCCUGCAAACCUAACAAUCCAGAUUCAUUCAUCGGGCUUUGAAAUUCACGAAUGGCUUCUCCUUCGGAUCUACAGUAGAAAGCCUCGGAGCCAAGCUCGAUUUCGACUGGGAAGUGAAAGAUGUCCGGUGACAAACAGGGAAUGAAAUCUAGCUCCUCCAUCGUGCCAUGUUUCCUCUGUGUGGAGUUGGUCAUAAUGGCUGGCACCAUCCUGCUGGCGUACUAUUUCGAAUACACCGACACCUUCCCCGUUCACAUUCAAGGCUUCUUCUGCUACGACAAGACGUUCUCCAAGCCCUACCCUGGUCCUGAAGAGAGCAGCAGAGUGCCGCCUGUGCUGGUCUACUCCCUGGUCACAGCAAUACCAGCAGUCACGAUUUUGGCCGGAGAACUGUCUGCCUUUUUUCUCAGAUCGGACGCUGCUCGUGAAAAGACCAUUGCAACGGGAGAUUGCUGCUAUUUCAAUCCCCUGCUGCGCAGAAUUGUGCGCUUUCUAGGAGUUUACUCAUUCGGUCUCUUCACCACCACGAUCUUCGCCAACGCUGGUCAGGUGGUCACAGGGAACCAGGCGCCCCACUUCCUGACGGCAUGUCGCCCCAACUACACAGCGCUGGGCUGCCAAUCUGCCCUGCAGUACAUCACCGAUCGACGGCCCUGCACUGGCAACCCCGGCGUGGUGGCGUCCGCCCGCAGAUCCUUCCCUUCCAAGGACGCAGCUCUGAGUGUCUACUCGGCCGUCUACACCGUGAUGUACGUGACGCUGGUAUUUCGAGCGAAGGGCACCCGGUUAACCAAGCCCACGGUUUGUCUGACCCUCCUCUCCUUGGCCGUGCUGGUGGGGGUGAUCCGAGUAGCCGAAUACCGGAACCACUGGUCUGACGUGCUGGCGGGCUACCUGACCGGGGGCUCCAUAGCCACAUUCCUGGUUACUUGUGUGAUCAACAACUUCCAGAGCAGACGGGUGGAGCCCCUGAAGCCGGUGCGCCCCGAGCCUGUGGGGGGGAUGCCGAUGAUGUCACUGCCGUGCGUCGAGAGUCCACUCGAAAAGUUAAGUGGCGUGCAGACUCAGCGAGCUGCAUUCUCAGAGAUCACAUGAGCGACAGCCGUACCUCUACCCUGUCACUCCGGACGUGCUCAUUCCAUCGCGGUCCAUCUCCAGCGAAGUCUAGACCAGCCGUCAUCGGCUCUGCACCCUUCCGCUCUGCCCCAUCACAAACCCACGACAGCAGAGCCCAGGCCUGCUUCUCUCCUCUCGUCUGAACCGCACAGGAAAGAAACGCAAGCAUUCCACCAACCGCCGAGUCUCAGCCAGCCGAGCCAGCUUUCUUCUUUAGGGACGUGUUAAAUCUACCAGCGUGGUGAAGCCAGGGAGUCUCAGUUAUCAGCAACUGCAGGUGAUAGGAAUAAGACUCCUGUUGCGCAGCAGUGCGAUCCAUUCCUGGUUUUUACACCUGAGUUCGAUUCCUAUACACUGUGGCUAAUCAAGCUCGUAGAAAAACCUGGAAUGGGUGGAACUGCUGUGCAACUGGAGUCGUAUUGUCAUCCCCAGAACUGUGCUGUUGAAUAUGUGCCAAUACCAAAAAAUGAUUUUCUUUGACCAACAUUUCCAUUAGAAGUCUUUCUCAGGGAGUGGCUCACCUGUUAAAGUCAUGACAAAGAUUCAGUUUUUGAGACGUCUGUGUCGAGGUGCUUUGACUUGGCGUUCAGGAGCUGCUCUUGUUCUAGUUGCUGCUGCCAUAGGUAUUUGUAACACAGGCCAAAGUGUCUUUAUAUGACUAAGCGCCAGCACCAUCUAGUGCACAGCUAGGGUACUGCCAGCAAAACAAAAGGAAAUUUGAUCCAAAGGGGCAAAUCACUAGAUGGUGUUGGCUCUUUCUUCUAUAAAUACAUUUGACUGAUCAAAGCAACAUCUAUAGCAGGCAACUAGACCUGAAAAGCAGCUCUUGAACCCGGGUAAAAGCACCUUAAUCAAAGAAACAAACAGUUAUUGAAUAAUUGCACACUCAGAAUGAUUGCACACAUUAAAAAAACAAUACAGGACGGUAAAAAAAAAACAGACAAAGAAGAGAUUGAAAUUUGAAGCUUCUGACUUAAAUUACAAAGCAUUGCUCGUAGCCCGAUCAUUUGAUGAUGUGCAGACCAGCAGGUGUCUCUGAUGCGUUUAGACACGGUUCAUUGUUCAGUUUAUCAGCAGCUUGCUUGCCAUCUGUGUCACAGAUGAAAACAAGUGGUGGAUUUAACACCUCGUCCUUCCUUCUGUGCAGCAGCAAAAACGCAGGGAAAAAUACUUAAAAAAAACCAGGACAAAACAUUCCACCUCAAUUCGAGUCAGGACCACAAGGCCGACCAUCCUGUCCGGAAAAUACAAAAGUGCCCGACAGACACCAGGAAAACAUUCCACCCCCAGCCUUCGGAACAGGGUGUCAUCUUCUGCACUACAGAACGAAACCAACUGCAGAAAAACACCAAGAAAAAAAACACAUUCCACAGUGAGGGGAGUCCAACCACAACGCAGACGCUGUGGAAGAAACGCCCAGAGCUUCAGAAUCACACUUCCAAAGGUACAGCUGGAAGAGACCAAGAGAAGCAGGCAAACGCCUCCUUCAGCGCACUUCUGCACAGCACACUGAAGAGGGCGCUGGCCGCAAGUCUACUUGACUUUAUACAUGAAAAACAAAGGACCCUGCUGUUUUCAAUCUUUCGGUCAUGGAUUAGCUAGUCUAUUUUUUUUAUUCGAUUAUUUAUUUGUUUAAUGUAUUUUUCCCCGCCCCCAUACAGUAGUCUCUUUCUAAGCAGUUGGCACCAAAACCGGUUCCGAUCAGUGAUUUUUGGACUCCUGAUCGUAGUCUGUACCGUACUGAAAAUGCCUGCUCGACGUUUUUGCAUACUUCUAUUACAUCGAAAAGAAGAUGAAUUAAAAACAAAAAAAGACAGCUGUUUGACAUGCAAGAAUCUGCUGUAUUUCUCACUGUAAAAUCUCCUACUACCUGAAAUAAUUGGUGACAGGGGGUGCUGGUAAAAUGGUUUUCAUCCUCUUGAUAUGGCAUCCCCCUCCUAUUCAACCUCCAAAAAGGAUUUCAGUACCUCCUACAGUACAGUGUUUAGUACUGUGAAUGCCAGGGGCUCCGGGCUGGGCAGCACCUUCUCUAUGACAGCAGGACAGCAGAGUUGUGUGCAGAUGAAAGGGGGCGUGUGCACCAGUUUGGAUAAUCAAGGUUUUAUAACAGGCGAUCGACGCCUGUUGAAACCCCGAGGAUUGCCGUUCACCUCACCCCCAGUCGUUGCUCUUUGUUCAGGUAGUUUGUGUCUGGCCUAUGUCUGGAAGCCUAGCUGGGGCUGACGGAGUCCCGUUUCAAAUCGGGUGGAUCUGGCAGAGUGUCUGCCUGCAGCCAGUGGAAACAAACCAGGCUGAUUUCAAACCGCUUUCAACUGAGACAGAUGGAAACGUGCCAAUAUUUAAACCUCUUUAACUCUUUCAAGACUGCAAACCAGUAAAGGGGUCUCUGCAGCACCACUCAGCACAGAAGACCCGUUCACCUCUUCCAGUCUUGGAUGGGACCCUAUAUACAGUCAUUUCUAUGUGUUUUUCCAUGCAAGACACUGAAACUAAUCAAUUAAUUCAUAGUAGGGUUGUCUUUGUGCAAAGGUACAUAGGCGUUGACCACCCAAUACCCUGAUAAGACACAGCUGGAUUUUUUUAAAGCAUUUUACAGUAUCAGGGAAUCCACCUGGAUAGGGGAUAGAGGACAGCUGAUAACCGCGGAUCACACAAGGAUCCAGCCCAGGACUGUAAAACGCUCUGCGGUUUUCAGAGCUCUGGGAAAGGGUUCCUGUUUGAAGGUUUUAACAUGUCCCUGUAGAAAUGCUGCACUGUCUACAAUGGAACCCCGUCCUGGUGCCUGUAUUCAUCUGUGAACACACAAGCCACAGCCUGGCCCUUUACCAGCUGUGAAGGCAGCGGGAAGGUCUUGUGUCCCAUUGUGACAGGACACCACCUCCAGUCUCAUAGUGAAGGUUUGUCAUCCCCCUCCACACACAGCAGCAUCUCAAACUGGCCGGCUGCUUUCAGCCUGUGCCUUCCCGUCACUUUGUCUCCUACAGCCUUGUGAACCCACGCAAGCGGUUACUGGUGCAGAGUGCUGGGAAAUGUCUGGAUCAUUUCCCCCAUGGCUGGUUUUGCAGUCUGGGGAGCCAGCUGCUUUACCUUUGCUCCCAGCCCAGCUGAACCCCAGCCGUGCUCUAGCAGACAGAAAUCAGGACUGUAACAUGCUUCACGCUAUUCACAAACCUUUAUAAUAAAACUAGGGGUAAUUCAUUCCGUUUAAAUUUAAUAAGACAGGUCAAUAUUUGAAUGAAUCUUUGUAAAGACUAUUGUCACUAUAUCUGUACCUUUGGCAUGAGGUUCACCGUAUAUAUGAGCAUUCGAACUACAGGAUCAUACUGUCAAGCAAGUUUUGUAUUUUUAGUAUUUCUACCUACCGUAUGAAUCACUAACCUCUGCAGAAUGCGGUCCUCUUCUGUUCUAUUGUGCCACAUACAGGACACAAAGGGGCCAAAUAAGUGAGAGAACUACUGCUCUAUAUACGCACAGACCCCUGUUGCAUAGCAGUGUGAUCCAUUGCUGGUUUCACUAUGAAUAAGACACACCUGAGCUUGUUACCUCGACACUGUGGCUAAUCAAGCUCGUAGUAAAACCUGGAACGGGUGACACUGCUAUGCAAUAGGAGUCUUAUUUCCAUUCCUCAUGUAUUCUGUUAAUAAAUACAAAGUAUGGAAAAGAAAGUAGGGUUAUCCUGAAUUAAACAGCUACAUUUGAUCACGCCCUGCGUCUGCUUAGCAACGCGUAAUUUGGAGCAGUUUGAAUCGCCCGGUCUUUCUGUCGUUGGAUUGAAAUCAAUGCAAGAUUCCAAAAAAUAAGUUAUUCAGCUCCCCAACUCUCAAUACUGGUUAAAUAAAAAUGUUUUAUUCAAGCAUUAAAAGAUUAAAUCGGGAUGGCCUUAUAAAGGUUUCUAGCUUUGUGAAUGGGACUGCCCCAUCGUUCUACCUUUUCAAUCACAAGCUGUAAUUUUGAAGCAACUUGCAUCUGUUUGUACUGAAAAUUUGUAAAUAGCUUUUUACUAGCGAUGGGGUUGUUGUUGCAUUGGAACACUGCAGGACGCUUUGUUAAACUCUGUGAAUGUGGGUGGAAUUGGUGUGAAUGUGAUGUACCUGAACUGGCAUGCAUGUUAUGGAUUCCAGUUUGUAUACUGUUUUAUACUGCUUCUGUAUGUACAGCAAGGAUGUGUGGCGGUUCAGAGCGGGAUGCACAAGAAUAUUGAAAAAGCGUGAACAACAAAAAUGAUUGCUCACAAUUGAGACUUUCUUUUUUUCCCUAGUUAGUAGUUCUUUGUCUUUUUAAAAUGAAGCCACACCACUGUUCUCUACCGCAGUGGAGGGGGGGACUGGAUUCAAUUUGUUUUUUGAUGCCCAGUUAAGUCUCUUCUUCUUUAUGGACGGUGCUCUCCAGGGAGAGAGAGAGAUGAAAACCUCUGCAGCAGCAGAAGGAAUUCGCUUUGCAGUAUGGAAACACUCCGACAUAUCAAACAGAAACCUUUACGAUACACAACACUCCAGUUUUUACAGCUUUCUUCUGUUAUUUUACUGAAGCUGUUUUCCAUGUACAGUGACUGUGCUAUUGAACAUGUUAUUAAUGACCACUUUAUCUCACAGCCAAACAUAUCUGUGUUGUAAUGCCUGUUUUUCCAGGUUAGUGAUGAAGUCAGUGCCUCUUAUCGUCACAGUUUAUUUUCUCAGUGAUAUUAAGUGUUUAACUCUCUAUGGGUCUUCAGUGCAGAGUACCAAUGUCAUUUUUUUAUUAUUAUUUAUUUUUAGCCAGCAUGACAUAAAUAUUAAUAAAAAUUGAGGGUCUAAUUUUCUCACCACCAUUGUUUGCAAAUCUUUUUUUCUCUGCUAAACGGUUUUCUACCGUAGCGGAAAAUCGGAUUUCACUUGGUAGAAUCGAAUCGUGGAAGAAAGGGUUUGAACGUGUCGGCUUCCCAGCAGGUGAAGAGGUUAUUGCUUUAAAGCUCACAGUAAAGUAUUUGAAAUGUCAUUCGAAUUGCUCAAUAUUGGACAACAGAACAAUGAUUGAAAACACCACGAAACAGUAAGAGAAAUGUACAAUAAUAAAUUCAAAUUCUAUUUGAAGCUACUUAUUCUUGCAGCCCCUGUACCGCAGUGCUCGCUGUCAGGUGACAGAGAUACAAGAAAUCCUGUAAGAAGGUAUUCGCGCAGGUCUGACUCAAUGAUGCUGCAGCACACCCUGUAUCAUCCCAGCCCAUUCUGUGCCUCACCUGGGUGAAACCAAUAAAUAAUACAAAGGGCACGCCAGUUUUUUUUCUCGUUGUUACAAUGGUACCUUCUGUUUUGUAAAGAUUUGUCUCCUAAUAAAAAAAUAAU